UCUUCCGGUUCGCAGCAUCAUGGCGCCUCCAGUGCCACUGUUCGCAGUGCGUGGCUCAGGUGGAACGUCUCUGUUCCGUGGUCCUCCUCAGUGUGAGCAGCAGUCCUCCUUCCCCAGGCACAACAAGUGUGUGACCUUCAGCAGAGACGGGACGUUGUUUGGCUGCUGCAGUGGAGACAGUGUCUCUGUGGUCAAAUCUUCAGAUGGCUCCAUCACGUCGACCUUUGACCUUCCUAAGACGUCUCUGCUGGAGUUUUCUCCUCUGAACAGCGUCCUGGUUACCUGGCAACCAUACAGCAAGAGUCAGGACAGUGCCCAGGGGGACGCUAACCUCCAGCUGUGGUCGUUACCGAGUGGUCAGCUGAUCAAAUCUCUGUAUCAGAAGAAGGUCGACUCCUGGUGCCCAAGCUGGUCCGAGGAUGAGAACAUCUGUGUGAGGAUCGUUAACAACGAGCUUCACUUCUACGAGAACAACGACUUCAACUCCAUCGCCAACAAGCUUCACAUGCAGAAAGUGUCGGAGUUUGCGUUGUCGCCUGGAGGUCAACCCUGCAAGGUGGCGGUCUACGUCCCCGGCAGUAAAGGAGCCCCCUCGUUUGUGCGUCUGUACCAGUACCCAGUGCUGGGCGGCCCGACGGCGACCAUCGCCAACAAGAGCUUCUUCAAGGCGGACAAAGUGGACAUGCAGUGGAACAAGAAAGCUUCCGCGGUUCUGGUGACGGCGAGCGUCGAAGUGGACAAAUCUGGAGCCUCCUACUACGGCGAGCAGACGCUGCAUUACCUCGGAGUGAACGGAGAGACCGCUCUGGUCCAGCUCGCGAAGAAUGGUCCAAUCUACGAUGUGGCGUGGAGCCCGACCUCCGCUGAGUUCUGUGUGGUGUACGGCUUCAUGCCGGCCAAAGCCACUGUCUUCAACCUCAAAUGUGACCCUGUGUUCGACUUUGGAACGGGACCGAGAAAUGCCGCCUACUACAGUCCUCAGGGACACAUUCUGGUGUUGGCCGGCUUCGGGAACCUGCAGGGGAAGAUGGAGGUCUGGGACGUGAAGAAGUACAAACAGGUGUCUAAACCUCAGGCUGCAGACGCCACCCUGUUUUCCUGGUGUCCUGAUGGCGAACAUGUCGUCACGGCGACCUGCUCUCCCAGGCUGCGGGUCAGUAACGGUUAUAAGAUCUGGCACUACACCGGCUCCGUGCUGCAUAAGUGCGACGUGGCUGCCGGCUCCGAGCUGUGGGAGGUUCUGUGGCAGCCGUUCCCUCACGGCAGCUUCCCCGAGCGGCCCGUGAACUACCAGGUGGCGUGCAGCGAGCUCGGGACCACGCAGGCGCCGCCCGCUCAGGCGUACCGCCCACCUGCCAUGAGACACCUGCCGGCCUCCGCCAGCACCAAACUGCACGAGGAUGAGCCUCCUCAGAACAUGCGUCCAGGAGAGAAGAACCUUUCAAAAUCAGCUCUGAAGAAUCAGAAGAAACGAGAAGCAAAGAAAGCAGCGAAACAGGAAUCAAAGUCUGAACUUCCACCUGACCCCGCCCCCGUCACCAACAGCCAAUCAGAGCCGGGGAGCGGUGACCUGGAGACAGACAAGAAGAUGAAGAAUUUAAAGAAGAAACUUAAAGCCAUCGAGGAGCUGAAGGAGCUGCAGACGUCAGGACAAGUCCUGCAGAAGAACCAGCUGGAGAAGAUCCAGAAGGAGGAGCAGCUUCUGAAGGAGCUGGAGGAGCUGCAGAUCAGCCAGUAGGGGGCGAUGCAGGAGCAACAGGCCACGCCUCCAAGUCCCACAAUCCAUCGCUGUCAUUAACACGACUGUUCCUGAACGUUAAUAUUGAAAUAUUUCAGUUUCUCCACCUGAGCUCAAGUGAGCAGGGGGUGGGGCUUAUUUAAGAGGCGGUAACUGGUUUGAUACUCUUACAUCACAUGUUCAUCACCUCAUGCCUCUGGAAUUCUGGGAAAUGUAGUUGAUUAAAGUUUGAGAUUGAAAGUUUA